UAAAAAGAAUCUAAACAUAUCCUUGUCUUCAAGAACGUCUACAGAGUAAACUCAAUGUUAUAUGUAACAUUAUUGACAAGUUUUAUUUUGUUAAAUGCUUUUGUUCCAGUAUAAUACAGACUUUACCGCAGGUUAAAUGCUGUUUUCAUAAAUGAAACAUAUAAUUCAACUAAUGAUUGCAGUGAAGCCACCAACUAACUGGAGUAAAUGGUGCAGCAGGGACAAACCUUCUGGCAAUUGGGAUGAAGAAGCCGCAAAGAAACAGAGAAAGAAAUGCCCUGACAUUUGUGAAAGUCCUAUGCGAGCGGAAUGUCGAGUUGUAGGAACAAAAGUACCGUGGGAUGAAACUGGUGACGUGUUUCAUUUGGCAUGCUCCACAAAAGGGCUGUCCUGUAAGAACGAUGACCAAGAGGACCGGAAAUGCGAAGAUUAUGAAGUCAGAUACGAGUGUCCACCAGACAAUGAUGAAUGUCUUGAUGGAACAGCAGUUUGUGAUGAGAAUGCCGAAUGCAUUAACACGCAUGGCAGUUACAAGUGUUCUUGCAAGAAGGGAUAUGUUGGAGAUGGGAAAAACUGCUAUGAGGGAGCAAAAUGCACCGCCUGGGGAGACCCGCAUUACAUCACAUUUGAUAAUGUCAAAUUUAACUUCCAAGGGCUGUGUAAAUACAGGCUUGCUGAACCAUGUAAAGAUUUUGGUGGAGUGCCUGACUUCAAUGUUAUCAGCAAAAAUGUGCCAUUCGUGAAGAAGGAAGGCAUAGCUCUUACCAAGUUUGUGGAAAUUAAAGUCUAUGGUUUCUUCAUACUUCUGAAAGGAGAUACUCUACAGGUAAAUGAUCAAGACGCUACACUGCCACGGCGAUAUGAACCUGCCAGUAAUAAGUGGCCAGGAUCCUACCUCGACAUUGCCAACAGGAAGAGAGGUAUCCGAGUCACUACAGAUUUUGGCCUCAUCGUGGACUAUGAUGGAAAACACAGAGUGGAAAUCACAGUGCCCAAGUUACUUAAGACUCAUAUGUGUGGCUUGUGUGGAAGCUAUGAUGGUGACAAGAAGGAAGAAUACAGAUUGCCUGAUGGAACCAUUGUGGAAGACGCCAAUGACUUUGCAGAUGCAUGGGCUAUCAAAGACGAUGAUCCCAAAUGCAAGGCCAAAACCCCUGUCGAGGCCAAGUGUUCUGACGAAGCCCUUGCCAAAGCAAGAGCGCGAUGCAGUAUCAUAUCUGAUGAGAGCGGACCAUUCGCUGAAUGCCUUGCAGCCGUCCCUAGCCAUGCAGCCCAGUUCGUAGAUUCCUGUGUGUUUGACAUAUGCGUUGUACCAGAAAACGAUGCUCUCUUCUGCCCUGCUGUUGAAGCUUUUGCCGCUUUUUGUGAGAGCGAAAAACUCAACCCCAAAUGGAGAACAGCAGAUAGAUGCCCUCUGGUAUGUGGACUAAACAUGCAUUUUGAUGAGGCGGGCAGUGCUUGUGAAGCAACCUGUGCUGAUAUUGAUGCCCCGGCUACCUGUUCAGACACACCUUUGGAGUCCUGUCAGUGUGACACAGAUUACGUCAAGAGUGGCUCAGUUUGUGUGCACAUAUCAGAAUGCGGCUGUACGGUGAACAACAAGUACUACAAGAUUGGAGAGAAAUGGUUUGAAGAUGACUGUACCGCCAUGUGCACCUGUGUCGACCCUGGAGAGAAAGAAUGUGACAACACCGUGCAGUGUCACGAGCAUGGCGAAUGCUACGUAACUGAUGAUGGCUCGAAUGACUGUCGUUGUAAAGGUGGAUUCAAGGGCUCUGGACAGGAUUGUGCUGAUGAGAACGAGUGCUCAUCCAAUAACCAUAAGUGUCAUCCAAAUGCCCGAUGCAUCAAUGCCCAAGGGGGUUAUGAUUGUCUCUGUACAUCAGGAUUCCAAGGUGAUGGAUUUGAUUGUGAAGAUGUGAAUGAGUGUGAUGAUGGCACAGACCAUUGUUCUCCAUUUGCUACCUGUAAAAAUGAAGUGGGAACAUUUAUCUGUGAGUGCAAUGAGGGAUACUCAGGAGAUGGACGAGUUUGUGCCGAGAACAAACCCCAGGAGCCAGAGAAGCCUGUGGAGUGUUCAGUCUUCCAGAAGGAGCUGUGUGUGGAAUCUGCUGACUGUGUCCUCCUACCUGAUGAGUCAUCAGCCUGUGUUUGUCCUGAGGGAGCCAUGGGAGAUGGAUUCAGGGGAGAGGAUGCCACAGGGUGUAGAGUCCCCUCCUGUCCAGUUGGUAUGACCAAAUACGAGGAUGGCUGUUACUCCUUCCAUGAAGUCCCAAAACAUUCAAGGAGGCACGUAGAGAGUGCCAAGCCGAAGGUGGGGACUUGGCAGCCAUAUUUGAUGAGGGUACCAUGGAGUUCAUCAAAGAACAAUUGGUUUUCCUCGGAUUCUCAGGGCAAUAUUGGGUUGGCUACACAGACGAAAAAAUGGAUGACCUUUACCUCUUUUAACAUUUACGACAUUCAGAGUGUGAGCAUAUUAAGUACAUUGAGUGUUUACGUCUGGGUGGAUGACACUGCCUCUGACUACACCAACUGGGCUGAAGGGGAGCCAAAGGAAAACGGAAAAGAAACGAGAGACUGCGCUGCAGUUGGAGACACGUCAGAGUUCAAGUUUACAACGCAUGCCUGUAACCUCCAGUCUGGCUUUAUAUGCAGGAAACCUCUGGAACUGACAGCUUGUCCCAAGGGCUGGGAGAUGUUUGAGGGGGAAUGUUACCACAUCUCUCAGGAGAAGAGAGAGUACAUUGAAGCUUAUCUCCGCUGUAUGGCACAUGGGGCACACCUCGUCUCUAUUUUGUCAGAAGAGGAAGAAGAGUUCAUUGGUGACAGUUUGAUCAUGGAGGUGGAGAACAUGAAUUGGUGGACUGGCAUGACCCAGGGCUUGAGCUCAGUGGCUGACAACCAGUACAUCUGGUCCGACGGCUCACCUGUGGAAUACCUGAACUGGGCUGAGAACGAACCAGAGCAGGACACUGUGGAGAAGUGUGUCUCACUGGGCCCUGAUCUCACAUGGGACUCGUUGAACUGCGAAACAAAAAUGGGCCUGAUUUGCAAGCGGAGUGAAGAAGUGAAAGAAAAGUGCCCAGAAGGGUCCAUCCGGAUUGGCAGCACUUGUGUGAAAGCUGUACCCAAGCUCAAAGAUCAGAGUGAAGCAGAGGAAGAUUGUCGUAAGAUGGGAGGAGGACUAGUUAGCAUUCACUCUCAGUUUGAACAGGAUGUGAUUGCCAGAUAUUUGGACAGUCAAAGCAUGCCUUACAACCCUUGGAUUGGGCUCGUGGAGAGAGGUGUUGAUGGAGAGUUUAUCUGGUCCGACAAAUCAGAGGCAAACUACUUCAACUGGGCUCCCAGACAACCCAGUGACACAGUUGACAAGGAAAACUGCGUACUUAUGGUAAAGGGAGAUAAGUACAAAUGGAAUGACUUGACCUGUAGUGAAGACUUGCCGUACCUUUGCCAGUAUAGAAACACUCCCUGCAGAACUUCAGAAGUCUGCAAUGAUAAUGCUCAAUGCAGUUUUGGCCAGUGUCGAUGUAAGAAGGGAUUUAUGGGAGAUGGAAAAGAUGUUUGCAAUGACAUUGAUGAGUGUAGUGAGGGUGACCCAUGCCCAGAUGGAGCCAAAUGUGUGAAUCAUGAUGGGGGGUACGAGUGUGAAUGUCAACCAGGUUUUGUCAGAUCAGGAGACCAGUGUAUAAGCCUGACAAAGUGUAAGACGGACGCUGAUUGUAACACCUUGGGCGAAUGUAACGAGGGCAACUGUCAGUGUCAGAAGGGCUACAAGGGAGAUGGCAAACAAAAGUGUGAAGAUGUAAAUGAGUGUGAAGAGGAGACAUCUGAGUGUAAUCCCAAUGCUGAUUGUCAGAACAAACGAGGUGGCUACGAUUGUGUCUGUAAGGAUGGCUACAUGGGAGAUGGCAUUGCCUGCAAAGAGUUACCACGUAACUGUGAUGAGGUGAGACUACAGAACCCAGAGUCCAAGAGUGGCUCAUUCAGAAUAGACCCUGAUGGGCCUGGCGGUGUCCCACCAUUUACCGUAUUAUGUGUGAUCAGAUCAGACAUAGGUAUCACUGUCAUCCAGAGUAACACUCAGAAUCCCAAAGCUGUGAAGUCUCCGGAACCAGAGAAGAAGGUAGUUAAAUACCGCAAAACUGAUGAGGAAAUAGCAGCUGUGAUAGAUGUGUCAGAGUUCUGCUACCAGAAUGUCCUGUACAAGUGUAGUAAUGGAGCCAAACUACAGGGUGUGGGGAGCUGGACCAACAAGGAUGAUGCUGACAAACCCUUUGACAAGUGUUACUGCGGGAUGCUGGGUACAUGUGCAACUCCAGGCAGCCAGUGUAACUGUGACGGGAAACCCAUGGGAGAUCAGGUGGAUGAGACUAAGAUCAUUGACAAGACUCAGCUGCCUGUGAAAGCCUUUACUGUUGGCGGAGUGAAGAAAGGACAGAAGGCAGCGUCAUCUGUGGGACCUCUCAUGUGUGGACCCAAACAGUUUGAUAUUCCCCUUGAUUGUGACGAUGCUCUCAGGAAUUAUGGUCAGAAGAGAAAUGGUCCUCAGCUAAUUGAUGUGGAUGGCCCAGAUGGAGAUGAGGCUGGAAACCUGGAACCUUUUGUGGCUGAUUGUGAUAUGACAUCUUAUCCCAGCACAGGGGUCACCAUCAUCCCCAAUACGCUUCCAGAAGAGGAGAAGCCGAAGAAGCCUGGUGAAAUUCCUGUAGAGUACCCUGUGAAACCAGAGGCAGUUAAAAAACUGACCGAAACUUCCAAGUUCUGUUCUCAGGAAAUGUCCUACACCUGCACCAACUCUGGUCUAAUGGACAAAGGUAGUUUCUGGUCAGGCACUGACAAGAAGAAGAGAACAUACUGGGCUGGUGGCCUGGGACAGGAGAAGAUGUGUGGGUGUGGGGUGACAAAGUCAUGCGAGGACCCCAAGGUCAACUGUAACUGUGACAUUGCUGAUGGCAAAGAGAGGAAGGAUUUUGGUCUGAUCAUCAACAAAGCUGAUCUCCCUGUGGGAUCCGUGACUCUGAAGGAGGUAGGAGGAGACAAGAAAGGCUCAUUGUCCGUGGGGCCUCUGAUGUGUGGACAAAACCAAUUUGGUAUUGAGCCUACAUGUCAGCAGUAUAGAGAGAAGGGCUACACUGAUGACUACACCUACCUCAUUGACCCAGACGGACCUCGGAGGAGAGCAAGCGACCCUGUCCCAGAAGAGGAGCCAGCAGAGGGUAAUAAUGUGGCCCCGUUCCCUGUUAUUUGUGAAAUGAUUGAUGACAAGCCUGUUGGAAUCACCACUGUGGGACAUGACUCUGAGAAACCGACCAAAGUUGAUGAUGCUGAAGAGCCAGGAUCUUACACCAAACCUGUGACUUACAAUGAGGCCAGUCCUGAGCAGUUGGCAGCUUUGGCAGAUCAUUCCUCGUACUGUACGCAGGAGAUGGCUUACAAGUGUAAACAGGCGGUCAUACACAACAUAGAUGACCCAAAGAACCCCGUUUCCUACUGGAUAGGAAGAGAUGGAAAGAAGCUGCAGUACUUUGCAGGAGUCGGUGGUUCCAUGUGCCAGUGUGGUAUUGAAGGGAAUUGUGAAGGGAAGGAUGUUGUGUGUAACUGUGACGCUGAUCUCCCCAAGGAAGUGGUUGACAAGGGUUUCCUGUCAAACAAAGAUGAUCUACCUGUGCUGAAACUGGCAUUUGGUGACACAGGUGAUGACGCCAACGAUUCAGGGGAGCAUACUCUAGGAAAGCUGAGGUGUUUUGAGGUGUUUGAGACUUGCUACCACAUGCAGCAGUUCUACAAGAAGCGCCCUCACAAUGACAUGCCACCCAAUGGAAGGUACAUGAUUGACCCUGACGGCCCGCUAGGACAGGAUCCCUUUGAGGUCUACUGCCACUUCCCAAGAACCAUUGUAGACAUAGAAGCUGGGAAUCAGUUCCAGUUACCUGAUGAGCCAGAUAAUCUUGGACCAGGUGCUCAGUGUGUCAAGCCUCAGUAUGCCAGUGCCAACAAGGAGCAGCUUGAGGCAUUAACCGAGAAGUCUGGAUUCUGUAGACAAUACGCCAAAUUCACCUGUCAACAUGCUCCAAUAUCUGAAAAUGCUUUCUGGAAGUCAAGGAAUGGUGAAAAAGUAAAAGGCUGGGCUGGUAAUGCUGGUGGAGACAAGUGUGCCUGUGGAGAAGUGGGUAAAUGUGAGAAAGGUGGAGCCUGUAAUUGUGAUGUAAAUGAUGGGGAAUUGAGGGAAGACCAUGGACUUUUCAUUGACAAGAAACUUCUUCCAGUAUCAGAGAUCUGUCUAGGACUCUCCAAAGAUGAUGUUCCAAAAUCAGAGAAACGAUUUGCCGAAUACUUCCUUGGUUCUCUUGAAUGCAGCAAUGUUCAGUUUGGUAUACCCAAGGACUGUCAAGCCUUGAGGAACUCCAAGAUUGCUGGGGAACCAAUCAUCAGUGAACCUUGGUUGAUAGACCCCGAUCAGCUUGGACCACUUCCACCAUUCCCUGUAUACUGUGAGAUGCCAAAGGAAGUGCCAAUCGGAAUAACAGUGAUAGAGCCCAAGGCUGAAAAACCAGAGGAAAUCCCAGCUGCAGGCAAAGACAUUCCAGUAGAGUAUAAGUCGUCCACCACAGAGCAGCUGAGAGCCCUGACGGAGGUCUCAGAAUACUGUACCCAGGAAAUGAGUUACAUCUGCAAAGACGCAGCUCUCAAAUUGGGAGGAGAGUUUGGGGCCUACUCUAGAGAGGGUCAAGCUUUACCAUACUGGGCUGGAAACUCAGGAGGUAAAGACGGCUGUAAGGGUGGUAAGUGCCAAUGUGACAAGGCUGAUGGGAAGGAAUAUACCGAUGGUGGCAGCUUGCUGGACAAGAAAGUCCUCCCAGUAUCCAGAGUUAACAUCGCGGCAACACAGAAGGGGACUCGUAAACUCAAAGUAGAGGAUCUGCGCUGUUUCGCUGUGCUCAAAACCUGUCAUGAGAUCAAGUUGGCUGACCAGGACAAGAACCCCAACUGGGCUGGUCGCUACGGAAUCGAUCCUGAUGGUCCAGAUGGGGUGGAUCCAUUUGCUGUGGACUGUGACUUCACAACUAACCCAGAGAUUGGAAUUACAGAGAUCCCAAGUGAUGUGAAGGAUGAGAUAACUGUUGGAAAGGAGCCCUUAAAUCAACCAAUCAAGUACGGCAAUGUGUCACCAGAACAGGCUAAUCAGUUGGCGAAGGUCUCAGAGUUUUGUUUACAGGGCAUGAAGUACAAGUGUAAGAAGGCUGCCCUCAUGGGAGCUGGUGGAGCUUUCCUCGGUUAUGAUGGUAAAGAGUCAACCAAGUUUGCUGGGGCUGACAAUGGGGACAAGGACGGUUGCGCCUGUGUGGUACUGGGCACCUGCCCUGACAAGAAAACAUGCAGGUGUGAUGCCGUUGGCCCCAUGGAAGCAGAGGAAGGAGACUUUGUGACAAACAGAGACAUCUUACCUGUGACGGGUGUGAAAUCAGACGGAGUGACUGAGGAAGGAGCUGAGGCUUCCUUCUCAGUGGGCAACCUCAGGUGUGGACCCAAGCCAUUCGAUCUGCCUGAAGAUUGCCAACAGGCUCUGGACUGGGGUUACAAGACAGGAGAAGCCCUGAUCUGGCCAGGCAAAGAAGUAGCCCCCUUCCUGGUCAUGUGUGAAAUGGAUACCAAUCCCGGAAAAGGUGUUACCAUUGUACCAACUGCCGUAAAGGAUGCCCCUGUUGUUGGGGUGACAGACAUCCCUGUGAAGUAUGACGGAGCCAGUCCAGAACAGAUCAAGGCUCUGGUGGACGAGUCAGACAAGUGUCAGCUACCCAUGAAAUAUGACUGCUCAGCUACCAAGUUUUCGAAUGCAUUUUCGAUGGUGACCCCAGAGAAGGAGGAUGUGAAGUUCUUUGCUGCAGGUCGCAAUAGUGGGAUGUGUAACUGUGGAGAUCAGAAGAGAUGUGGGGGCGAUGACGGACGCAAGGAAAUGGAGAAGAGGAACUGUAACUGUGAUGUGGGAGACACCAAGUGGAGGAAGGAUGCGGGUAUUUAUGGUCUACAGGGAGAGAUGCCGGUCACGUCUAUCAAGUUCCAGUUACAGGGUGGUGUUACCGCCCAGGGCAAACUGACACUAGGCAAUCUCUACUGUACAGACAAACCCAUUGACUUGGAUGAAUGUGAACUUGGCUUUAACGACUGUCACGAAAAGGCCAAAUGUAUCAACAGGAAUGGUUAUUAUCAGUGUGUAUGUGAAGAGGGAUUCCGAGGCAGAGGCAACCCAGAGGUCUGGGCCAAUGGCAGGGAGUGUUAUGAUGAUGACGAGUGUGCCUUGGGUCUGUGUCCUGACAACUCUGCCUGUAAGAAUGAACCAGGCAGCUACAGCUGCACAUGUAAUGAAGGAUACAAGCAAGACGAAUCAGGAAACUGCAUCGACAUUGAUGAGUGUACUGAAGGUACAGCCAAGUGUGACAAGAAAGCAGAAUGCACCAACACUGAAGGUGGCUAUGACUGUACUUGUAAAGUUGGAACUAUUGGUGAUGGCUUCAAAUGCGAAGUGUCUGGAACCUGUUCUGUGGUUGGCCCCCAUGUUGUGACAUUUGACAGAAAGAGGAUUGACUUUUCCUCUGGCUGUCUCUACACCUUGGCUAGAGAUUCCUGCUCUAACCUGGCAAAAUUGGGAAAACCAACAUUUGAAGUUCAGGCCAGAUUUUACCACAGGGAUGAAGCCAUGAAGGAACGCGGAGUUGCUGUGAUCAAGGAACUUUAUGUGCUAAUUGGAGGUCACACAGUUGGAUUCCUGCAGGAAGGAAAGGUUACCCUGGAUGGUGUUGUUAUAGGACUGCCAGCUGAGGUUGUCAAAGGGGUUCAGGUCUUCAGAGUUGGGAAAAAUGCACGUCUUGUCUCCAAGGAACUCGGCCUCAAAGUGAUAGUUCAGAAAGGGUCCAAGAUGAAAAUCAAGGUCGAAGAGAAGUACCAAGAGAAAGUGUGUGGCAUCUGUGGUAACUACAACGGUAAACUGGAUGAUGACCUUAUCGCUGGUCCCCUUUGUGAUGCUCCGGGCCAACCUACCCAGAAUGCAAACACGCUGACCACAUCCUGGAUGGUGGAAGAGCCAGAGAAUGCUGAGUGUGAGAAGCUUUGUGACAUCGCUAUAGAAGAUCCUUGCACCACAGACACAGACCAGGCUGAGGCAGAGGGACUCUGCCAGGACAUGAUCAAUGUUCAGUUAGUCGGCACAUACAAGAAAUUCGAGGCGUGCAUGAUAGAGAAACAUGUUGUAAAACACAAGUCAUGA